AUGGCGACAUCGCUUAGACAUGCGUGGUCCAGCUUCCUCUGGAUGCGUUCGGUGGCAGCCUGUAAGCAGGCCCCGCUGCAGAAUGGAGCUGUGUAUCCUGCUUGCAGUAAAUCUACAUACUCGCUUCUCCCUGAAGACUACAACUGCAAAGUGGAACUUGCCGUGACAUCAGAUCUGAAGACAAUUGUCUGCUACCACCCUUCGCUUGAGAUUCCCUACGAGCACACAAAACCUGUACCACGGCCAGAUCCGGUGAAUAAUAAAGAAGAGACCCUUGAUCAAGUUUUGAAGUCCAGAUUGAAUAAAAAAGAGCUGAAGAACAACAAUGGCCCUACAAUUGAAGAGCUCAGCAAAAUGUUUUACACAACCAAACACCGCUGGUAUCCCGUGGGACAGUAUCACAGAAGACGCAAGAAUCCUAAUCCUCCCAAAGACCGAUAG